AUGAAAACAUUAACUUUAUAUUUAAAAAUUACUACAUUCCUUAUUUUAAUUUGGAUAUAUCAAUGUUUUUAUAACUAUGAUUCCUAUAAAACUUUGAUUGAUAAAAAUAGAUUGCAAAUAAAAUAUGAGUUAAAAUAUGAAAGAGUACUAACAGAAGGUGACAUAGCAGGAGAAAAGCAAACUAAGGUUGACGGAUGCCAAGAAGAAUGUCCAGUAGAAAAAAAAAAAAAAGAAAAAAAAAGAAAAAAUUGGUUUAUUACGCUUGUAUGUCACAAUACGUACGAUCAAUGGCAGAGAGACACUAAUGAAGCAUUGUUUGAGCGAUUUAAAAAUGUAACAAGUGAAAUGGAUCCUAAAUGGAGAGACCAAAAAUGGAAUAAUGAAUGGAAUGAAAUUUCAGCGAACAAAUUUAAAGAAGUAUCUUCAAUAUUUCAUCGAAGUGAUGUUUCAAAAGAAGAAAAAAAAAAAUUAAUUCUUGAUGUUAAAAAUGAACUCUAUAUACUAUUUGUGAAAUUUUCAGAAGAAUGUAAGAAAGAGAUGAGAAAAAAUGAAACAAAAUCCGAAUCUAAAAAAGAGAUGAUAGACAAUAAAACAGACUCCGAAUCUAAAAAAGAGAUAAUAGAUAACAAAACAGACUCUGAAUCUAUGAAAGAGAUGAUAGACAAUAAAACAGACUCCGAAUCUAAAAAAGAGAUGAUAGAAAAUAAAACAGACUCCGAAUCUAAAAAAGAGAUGAUAGACAAUAAAACAGACUCCGAAUCUAUGAAAGAUAUGAUAGACAAUAAAACAGAAUCCGAAUCUAAGAAUGUGAUAAGAGACAAUAUAUCAGAACCCGAAUCUAUGAAAGAGAUGAGAGAAAAUAGAACAGAAUCCGAAUCUAAGAAUGAAAUGAGAGGCAAUAAAAGAGAAUCCGAAUCUACGAAAGAGCAGGGAAAAAAUAAAAUAAAAAAUGAGAAAUCAAAUAUUUGGAAAUUUCUUUUUAAUAGGUUUGAUAACCAUUAG